GACUGGCUGUGAGUGCCCUGCUUUCCCUGCCCACGAUCAUCUACGCAGCACCUAUCCCUCUUGUUUCAUCUCUGUCUCUAACCUGUUCUUUCCCUCACUCACAUCCACCUCCCCAUUCCCAGCUUAUCUGUCUAUCUCUCCUACCUUGCUGUGUGAAGAGUCAGGGUCCCUGGUGUCCUGAUUAGAACAAAUAAUCAGAUAGAGACAGUACAGAGACAGAAGGGAGAAUAGAGACAGAAGGGGAGGAAAAGUAAAGGAUACAGCGGGAGACAGAAGGGAACAUAAUGAGAGAGGCUGCAAAGAAAGGAGACAGGGUCAAUUCACACACAUUCUUAAUUGACACAAGCAAAUCCUGGUAAAUUUGUCAUUUUUUGGGGGGGAAAGAAUGUUCUGUUUGCUUUGUGAAAGUUUGCUUAGGCUGGGGGUGGCUGGAUAGCGGUAACCCUUUGGAACUAAAUAACUAUUUCCCUGUUUCCCUCUCUGAGAGUCAGUCUCACCCUCCUCCCUCAUCUUUCUGUCCUCCCUCUCUACUCUUACCUUCUCUCUCUAUUCAGGACUCUGCAUGUGAAUGAAUCUGCAUAUUAAAACCUCUCUCUGACUGACCCCUACAAUUGCCUUGUAAGAUUUAGGAUUGGCUUCAAAGGACAGCCCCUAGAACCCUGGAUAUUCUUCUCUACACGAUGGACUGUGUGCUUGCCAGUUCUCUGAUGUGGCUAUCUGUUUUCCUGCACUGCAUCCUGACUCCGCUCUCAGUGUCUCAAACUCCACAGGCCCAGAAAUUAGAAGGGAGCUCCUGGGAUGAUAUAUAUAACCGCAGUAAGUGCCAGCCUCGUUGGGUCCUUCUUAAUCUACUCACUGAGUUUCCGCAGUUCUCAGACUACUUCUUCUUGCCGUCAUGUGUGUUGGUCCAACGUUGCGCUGGCUGCUGCCUGGAUGAAACACAGGGUUGCUUUCCCUUGGAGACCGGCAGCAUCCAUAUGCAGGUUUAUAAGAAAAAAUUGCCCAAACCUGAAUUGACCGAAAUCUCUGUUACUCAGCACAUGAAGUGUGAAUGCAGGCCCCAUGACAGCGCCACAAUGAAGCCUAUCAGACUCUCUUCUGCUUCAGGUGACAAAAAAACAAAGAAAAGAAGACGAAAAGGGAAGAAAGGAAUAAGAAGAACCUCUAAGAACAGCAGGUCUAGGUGUCCACCUUGUGACCGGCGAAGGACAUUAAACCCUAAAAACUGCAAAUGUGUCUGCCACCGGACUGAGGAAAUAUGUAUUAAACGAGGACUGAUGCUCAAUAAGGAACGCUGCAGGUGUGAAAAGCCAAGAAGCUGACAGUCUCCUAAGAAAUAGAAUGAUCUCAGUUUCAAUGGUUAAUUAUUCAUACGUGGAAGACUCUGCACCAUACUGCGUCAGACCUUGGCUCCUCACUGGUGAAACCAGAAAAGUGGCUGGAGAAAAUGUACUCUUGAAUAUCACGGUUACAGUGUACAGUGAGUGUAGACGUGGCAACUGCCACCCCAUGGUACACUUAAUCACAUUGGGUGGCGUAUAAAAGGAUGACUUGUUGGUGCAGGAACUGUAUAUCAGGCGUAUGGUAUGACUGUAACAUACAUCACUCAUGCAGUGGUGGGACGGGUGUAAGCUAUGCCUGUAUCUUUUAUGUAUACUGUCCCCAUGCCUGCAACAAUUUGCUUUUUUUUAAAAGAGAGCAUUUUACAGCUGUGACUUCAGGUUUUGGCAAACAAAAAAAUAUUUUUUAUAUUCUGUAUAUUUUGCCAAUUUCGAAAAAUAUGUAUAACCAUACCAUUAAGGCAUCUAUUAAUACAAUUUUAUUUUAAAUUAAGUGUUCAUUUACUCUUUGCUUUUUUCCAUAAAUAAUAGCUAUAAGUUACAUAUGUAUAUGACAUACUAAAGGUGCUUGUAUGAAUAUCAAACAAAAAAGCCUUGAAUGAACAGAUUGGUCCGAGAGCACUGGGCGCAAAGGAUAAUGGGCCUAAUUCAGACCUGAUUGCUGCUGUGCGUUUUCGCACAGCAGCGAUCAGGUCUGAACUGCGCAUGCACUGGCGCCGCAGUGCGCCGGCACAUGCCAGACAGCCGGUGGCCAUCUCAGCCCUGCGAUCACCUCUGCCUGAUUGACAGGCAGAGGCGGUCGCUGGGCGGGCCGUUUUAGGGGCAUGGUUCAGGCAAUGCAGGCGUGCCUGGACCAUGCGGGGGCCAGUACGCGGCGGCUGUGUGAUGUCACACAGAGCCACUGUGACCCGGACAGCAACGAGUAGCACCCUGCCAACGCGCAGGAGCUGCGCACGUAGGGAGCCACUCGUAAAGUAUGUGCAAUGCUUUUUUAUCUGUGCGGGGGGAACGGGUAGGGCCAGACAUGCGGGGUGGACUAACUCUGUGCUGGGCGUCCCCCCGCAUGUCUGAGUAACUGAUAACUAAACUUUGCACGGCUACGAUCAACUCUGAAUUAAACCCAAUGGCUGUAGCGGGCACCAUUACAUUUUAUUUUAUUAAACGUUCUUCCAGAACAUACAGAUAAGAUGCAGCUAUCCAUAUCAGUAAAUAGUAACAGCAUGUAUUGGCCAACUUACCCUGUGCACUAACCCAUAAUGACCAAAUGCGCGCAUCUAUAUAUUUAAAUGGCUAAGCAAUUUUUUUGUGAGAGCAACUACUCCGCAAUGACAACACCAGUUUUGAUGGCUCAGGUGUCAUUGGAUAAUGUGUGUGAUGCAGAUGUGCAAUAGGGUCGCAGAAUUUUGAUAAGUGGUCAGGAUGUUGAGGAAUAAGAUGUCAAAGUCGUGAUUUUUUUCCCAUAGAAGAAGCAUUGCGUGGGGGAUGCCGUGCGUGCUUUUUCCCUUUGGGUUGUAAAUUGUAGCAAAGCCCUUGCCAAUUUUUUUCUGCCCUAAAUUCAGUCGAUACUGUAUAAUGAAUUCUUUGUAACACUAUCGGUAUACAGUUAACUGUCGGGAUACAAUAAACUUUGAAGGAAUGCAUUGUAGAACACACAAUACAUUGUCUUUUUUUUUGGGGGGGGGGGGGGGGGGGCUUGAUUUGGACCAGUGUUGUCGACUAGUUAAUCUAAUUUGUGCUAACAAGAUGGAAACUGAUUGCUCAGCAGUUGCUGUGGAUUGCAAUAGAAUUAUAUAUCACUAACGUAUUUCACAGUGUUGUACAAUGGCAAACACUCUAACACUUCAGUCCUACCGCUGUAGUCAGGAGUAAAGUAAUCUACUGGGCAAGUGUGACUUUAUAUUACAUAAUGGGGGUUAUUUAGAAAAAAAAAAGCAAGUAACUGCAAAACCAUGUUGCACUCAGGUGGGGUAACAUGUGCAGAGAGAGUUAUAUUUGGGUGGGUGUGACCAAACUGAAAUCUAAAUUGCAGUGUAAAAAUAAAGCAGCCAAUAUUUGUGGGCUACAUGCAAAAGUAACCACUAUUUACCCUGCACAGAAAAUUUUUUAAAUGUAUUUCCUUGGCUUGCAUUUCAAAAAGGUUUGUUCCAGGCACAAACCGACGUGCUUUUUCUGCCUUGCUUCCAAAUCUGAAUCAGUUCCAGUAAGCAUCGUGUGUAAUUCUCUUUAGGCCCAAUUUAUGUAGUGCCCAUAGCAUGUAUUUACCUUGCAAUUCAUGGUAUGAUAUUGAUAAUAAGUAAUAUUAACAAAGGCUAUAUUUAUUUACCCGUACAUCUUAUUAGUCUGUUUCUCUAAGCAUGAAUCAUUUUUCUAUCAUUUCUCUGUUACCUUAUGUAUGUAUGUAUGUAUGUAUGUAUGUAUAUGUAUGUAU